AUGUCGUCUUCAGAGCUGUAUAAGGUCUACGCGUGUACGAACGGCAAGUUCAGUCUCGAGUUGCCUAGAAUGGUGGCUUCUGCCGUAGCUGGUGGUGCUACAUGUGUUCAACUACGGUUAAAGGAUGUCAGUACUGGUGACUACGUUAAGUUGGCUAAGGAGACUAAGAAGUUAAUGCCUCGCCAUGUCCCUCUCAUUAUAGACGACCGAGUGGAUGUUUGUAUGGCUAGUGGUGCUGAUGGAGUUCAUGUUGGUGACACGGAUAUGUCUGUUAAGGAUGCUCGCUCUAUUAUUGGUCCUGAUAAGAUUCUCGGCGUCUCCACUUAUGGCCGUCAAGAAGACGCUAUUGCUGCCAUCAGGGAUGGUGCAGAUUACAUUGCUACUGGUGCUGUUUACCCGACAGUGACUAAACCGGGUGCGGUUGCACAGGGCUUAGGCCAGAUUGAUAUCCUCAAGGCAGCUCUGAAGGCCACCGGGAAGACCCUACCUAUUGUGGCCAUCGGUGGCAUUAGUCCCGUCACUGCAAUUGACUGUGUUCAGAGGGGCGCUGAUGGUGUCUGUGCUGUAAGCCAGAUCUUUGACUCGUGGGAGUCGCCUGAGUCACGUGCCAGGAAGUUCCUCAAGUCGUACUGUUCUGGUAUGGAGAUAAGGUCAAAGAUGAGCACACAUAAGCAAUACGACAGCGACAUGGUGACGGGUCUGUGGGCUAAGCUGGCUGAUAUGAACCCCCUCACUCAAUGUAUAACCAAUUACGUGUCGAUGAACUUCAUGGCUAACUCCCUCCUGGCCGCUGGAGCCUCUCCAGCAAUGGCCCACGCUAAGGAAGAGGCCCCACAGUUCCUUGAUAUGGCUUCGGCCCUUAACGUGAAUAUCGGCACACUGUCUAGCAAUUGGGUUGAAUCGAUGAGGUUGUGUGCUAAGAAGGCUAAUGAGAUUGGCAAGCCGUGGGUGUUGGACCCAGUAGCUGCUGGUGCCACAGCAUUCAGGACAGGGGUCGCCACUGAGUUGCUCGGUUAUAAGCCUACCGUAUUGCGAGGAAAUGGUGGAGAGAUCCUUGCUUUGGCUGGGGAGACUGGCUCCGUCAAGGGUGUGGAUUCAACAGUAGGCAGUGAUGCAGCGUUAACAGCUGCCAAGCACAUCGCGAGGAAGUUCGGCAUCGUCGUGUGUAUAAGCGGUGCCACUGACUUUGUAACAGACGGCAAAAGAGUUAUUGAGAUUUGCCAUGAUGUUCCUAUGUUGCCUACUAUUACGGCUACUGGGUGCACUCUGAGUGCUCUCAUGACUUCCUUCUGUGCUGUCGCUGAGGACCCAUUAGAUGCUGCUGUGGCAGCUUGUGCUGGCUGGUCAUUGGCUGCUCAAGAGGCCUCGGUAGCUGCGCAGGGCCCUGGGGGUUUAGCUCUGGAGUUGCUUGACACUCUACCCAAGCUUAGAGAUCCUACUUGGCCAGCUUGGAAGAGGCUCGUAAUCUUUGAGCAUAAUUGUCAAUAA